AUGGCAGAAAACAGUGUGCAAUGUGAGGACAAGGAAAUUGGACUCAGGGACGCCAUUACCCAUGUUCUAAAAUUUGAUCUUGACCAGGAAAAUCUCACCGACCCAGUGGUGCUUCCACAAGCUGACUGCCUUGUGCUCACCUCUAUUCUGGAAGCCAUCAGCAAAGACCUUGAAGAUUUUGUGAGAAACUUCAGGAGAUUCUCAAAGCUUCUAAAACCUGGCGGACACUUGUUGUAUUAUGGAUUUUUAAAUGGCACUUUCUAUAUGGUUGGCGGAGACAAGUUCCAUGUUGUCAAGUAUAAUGAAAGCAACUUGAGAAGUAUACUCAGUAAUGAGGGGUUUAUCAUCAGCCAUUUGGAGGUUUCCCAAAGAAUGGCGAAGAAUGAUCUGUGUGAUUUUGACUCAACUGUGUUCUGCAUAGCUUGUAAAGAAUAG